AUGGCUGUGGGCCCUGUCAGCCUGGGCGAUUCGGCCUUAGAGAAGAAGAAUAUACAACUACUUAGGGAGCAACUUCGGAGACGAGAAGAAGAAAUAUCAGUGCUCAAGGCAGAAAUCAACAAUACCAGGCUGCUGCUGGACCACCUGGAGCUCCUGGUUUCCCGGUACGUGCCGUCCCUGUGGAUAACGGCGGGCAAGCGGCAGGCACAGUCCCCAGCCGGCAUGACCAGCGAGGUCGAGGUGCUCAGGGCGCUGAGAUUGCUCUUUGAGCACCACAAGGCCCUGGAUGAGAAGUUGAGAGCGCGGUUACGCCUAGUGCUCGAAAGGUGUAGUUUGUUAGAAGAAGAAUUGGGUGCCACACAUAAAGAGGUGCAGACUCUGAAGGAGCAGGACUGGGAGCGCAAGACUCUUGAGAAUGGCUGGCUGGAUGGUAACCAUAGGCAGCCCUCAUGGCCUGGGAAAAAACCCUCCGAUGGCUCUCUAAGCCACGAGGAAGACCUGGCUAAGGUGAACAUUCAGGAAGUCCUAGAGAAGCAGUCGCAGGAGCAGAGCCAGAUGAAGGAGUGCCUGGCAGCUCUCAGUGCCCAUGUGACAGAGCUGGAGGAGAACCUGGACACGGCCAGGAAGGACCUCCUCAAGUCCGAGGACGUGAACGUGAAACUGCAGUGGGACCUUAGGAAGGUAGAACGUGUGCCUCGCGCGUCCCGCACUUGCCGCUGCCUGCUGCCCGUGCUGGCUCGCCACAGGCAGUCCAAGGAGGAGGCGCAAUGGCCACGGGUGCGGGGCCCGGGGCACGGGGAGCACGUCUCCUCUCACGAGCCGGCGGAAGAGAGACAGGGCAGCAUUGAGGAGAGGCUGCGCCAGAUGGAGGCCCAGCUGGAGGAGAACAAGGAGCUGCAGCAGGACCAGCUGAUUCUCAACCUGGAAACCCUGAGAGCCGAACUGGACCAGACGAGACUGUGAGGGGCUCCCUUCCACCACGGGCGACCCCACUUGGGCAGCGCCCCGGACCUCAGGUUCCCUGUGGUGGACCAGCCGGCAGACUCCUCGGGCAAUGGGGCAGUGCUGCAGCACCCCCAGAAAGGCUGGCUGGCAGCGCUGUGCGACGAGCCAUCCAAGGUGCAGACCGAGAAGGAGCAGGACUGGGAGCGCGCACAGCAAGCCAGCGUGCUGGCCGACGUGGCCCAGGCGUUCCAGAGUGAUGAGGGCGUGUCUGACGGCGAGGGCGACAGGGUCACCCUCUUCAGCUCGGCCACUCAGCUGUCGCCCAUUGGGCAGGCCGAUGCCAAGACUCUGAGUAUGAGGCUGCAGGAGCAGCUGGACACCAUCAACGAAGAGAUCAGGUUGAUGGAGGAAGAGAAGGAGAACACGGAGCAGUGGGCCGAGGAGACUGAGAGCAGGGAGGGCAGGGGGAGCUUAGGCAGCCUCCGUCGUUAUAAAUCGGUGAGCUCCCUCAACCUGCUUGCUGGCUCCUCAGGUGCCGGCUCCUACCUGCCCCUGCCCAAGCCCAGAAGGAGGGGGCGCCGCCCGGCGCAGGAGGGAGACCAGCUGGGCAUCAUGACUGUGGCUAGUGAUUUAAGAAAGCGGCGUCGAAAGCUGCCAGCUUUACGGGAAGAGGUAGGAGAUGACGAGACUGCUAUCAAAUCUAAAACCUCGACCCCCACAACGCCGCGGUCCCUUCGGCUGGACCGCCUGCACACGGGGUCGCUGCGCACAGCCAACCAAGAGGACAUCAGGGACGCCCACAACUCGACAGGCUCUGAGGACAGCCCCGAGAACAACCCCAGCAGCAGCAGCAGCAGCAGGCAGGACUCGCUGCACAAAGCCCCGAAGAAGAAGGGCAUCAAGUCCUCCAUCCGCCGCUGGAUUCAUAGGAAGGAAAAGGGCCGGCCUGAACACCCCGGCAAGGAGGCGUUAUCACCAGGAAACACCUGCGCCAUUCGGAAGAGGGGCCCGUCAGCCCUUGGAGGGACAGUUGGAACCGGAAUGAAAACCGAGGCCAUGGUCAGCAGUACCCACCCACAUGGCCCGGGUGGCGUGGUGUCACUCACUGGGCUUCCCGCGUCCCCAGAGCUGCUGGCGUGCAUCAUUCGGGUCCACGUCAGGGUGGCCCUUGGCUCCCCGGCCCUGGGACUGACAAUGAGCAUCGACCUGCACUUUGUUCCCACCCUCGGCCCGCUGCCCGCGCCUCAGCAGCAGAGGGACCCUGUCCCCGCAGAUGCUGAAGUGAUGGAGCCUCUUGUCUCCGGAGCCAAGGGCAUGAACACACCAUCGGUCGUUCUCUGGGGACACCUACGCUUCCGCCUUCUGGGCUUUCCAUUCGGCGGCCGAGCCCCAGAUGCCAGUGCACCUCCGUGUGAAACGCUGGCCUCCGCACGGAGAGGCCCAGGGCACGGCAGCCUCGUGAACCCUGACUCUCUGGGCCCUGCUCCCCCUGAGAACGUGCACGCAGUGUGUGGCCGGCAGCACCGCCGCUGUGGGAGGGACACCCGUGUGCGCGGACACGAGGGAGCCUCGCCCGUGCUCUCACCACUCCGGCGGCAGCAGGGCGCCAGGGUCAUGUUCUCUGCUGCUGAGGGCUCCCUGGGCCUACCUCUGUAG